AUGCGGCUCCCUUCAAGCGCUCAAGUGCUGCUGCUUGCGCUUCAGGUCCUCGUUUGUGAAAGCGCGCCCAAUUGCCCCUUCAUAGGACCUGCAUUUCCUAAGCCAACGGCUCUAGCCAGCAGCACCUCCUUCCAGGCCGCACUCGCCAAUCUGACAACGACAUUCACGGCUCGCGACCUAGACCCGGACACGAAUCCCAACUCAACGAGUUACUCGUUAGAAAUCUUUGCAGCUUACAAUGACAAGCCAAUCUGGUCGUGGUAUCACACCGCGCCGGAGCUUAUUGCUGCCAAUACGAGCGGUGUGAAGACAGUUGACUCGAACACCGUCUACCGCUUAGGCAGCGUGACCAAGAUCUUCACCAUCUACACGUUCUUGGUGGAAGCUGGGGAUGUCCAUUGGAACGAGCCAGUGACGAGCUUUGUGCCGGAGCUGAAGUCGAUGGCUGACAAGGCCGCCGAUGACCCGGUUAUGAAUGUCGAUUGGGGUUCGAUUACGCUUGGUGGCCUCGCUAGUCAAAUGGCUGGUAUUACUCGGGACUAUGGUAUACUUGGGGAGCUAACUCAGGAGGUUACCGAGGGCAAUCUUACUCUGCUGGGCUUCCCGCCAGUUCCAGACUCGGAUAUACCAACUUGUGGGGAGUGGCCGCUGUGCAAUCGCACCGAAUUCUUCGAUGGUUUGAGCAAGGUGCCUCCCUCAUUUGCACCUUGGCAGACUCCAGCAUAUUCCGAUGUAGCGUUCCAAAUUCUGGCUUAUGCUCUGGAGAGUAUCGUAGGGAAGGACUACGACAACAUGCUCCAGGACGACAUUUUGAGUAAACUUGGGCUCAAUCACACAUACUACCAGAAACCGCCCGACUCGGUAGGCGCAGUUCCUAAUGGCACGAAGACGACCUGGUCUUACAGCCUCGGGGACGGCAGUCCCGCUGGAAAUAUGUACUCAUCCGUCGGCGAUCUCUCAACUCUAGGUCGAGCAAUUUUCAAGAACACGCUGCUCACCGGACCUCAAACAAGGCGUUGGCUCAAGCCGGUGGUCAUGACGUCUGAGCUCGUAGCUGGAGUGGGCUAUCCUUGGGGAUUGAGACGCGUUCCUCUCGGGACCGGAAACGAUGCUCAUCGUGUUGUCGAUACGUAUAACAAGGCGGGCCGAGUUGGUUCGUACGCAUCUCUCCUUGUCAUGAUACCGGACUACGACAUGGGCAUCACAGCACUCAUUGCUGGGAACUCAAUACCUGCAAAUCACAAUUGGAACAUCGCUGACGCUGUUGGCGGGAUUCUGUUACCGGCACUUGAAGCAGCAGCAAGGGAGCAGGCUCAAUCUAUCAACGGCACAGACAUGAAGGCAGUUGCGACAUAUUACAAUCUCCAGUACUUGCCUAACAAUCCAAGUGUCCGACUCUACCCUACGGGAUUGGAGACGAAGAAUUCAGACGGCACGACCAAGAUAGCAUUCAAGGCCGCCUACGAGGAUCUUGAUGCACCGACAAGGUCGAACAGCAUGUUCUCGACGGACUGUGGCACAUGGGUCAGCCAAACGGCAGCUGUGUAUGUCAAUCUACCACUAGAUCAAUUUGUCUUCACCCUCGACAAGAGUGGCAGGGUAGUAAGUGUUGAGCCGUUAGCACUUAGAGUGUCGUUAAAGAAGACGACGUAG